GUCCUCUGCUUUCAUAAUUGAUGGUGUUCUUGGAAAUAUUAUAAACCAAUCUACUUUUCUUUUCCCUUCUAGAUCUCAUUGGAAAAAUGAAAAAUCAAUCAAGCAAAGCCACUUUUUUGGAUACCACAACAAUUAAAAAUUAUCUCUAUUCCUUAUUGUAAUUUUUUUGAUACAAGGUGUCACUUCACGAAAAAUACUCGAUGAAUCAUGAUCAUCAUCAAUCAUCCUGUCGUUAAUCUUUCUUCAUUUCAUUUUCCCAGAAAAUAAAACAAAAGAAACCCAAAAAUUGUUCCUCAUCAGAGAUGGCCUAUGCUGCUCUUGUCUCCCUCACAAACACCAUAGACCGAUUCCUUAACAGCAAUCUAUAUUCCAUCUCUGUUGAAGAAAAACAACAAAUUACAUCUCUCCUUGAUUAUGUUACUCCCUUUCAAGACUUCCUCGAUAAAUUUCCAGACAAAUUCAAGAGUUUGGAAGAGCGAAUGAGGGAAGUGGCAAAUGAAGCAGAAGAUAUCUUAGAAUAUCUUGUGUUGGAAAAGGUUUUCUUGUCUGCUGAUGAAGAGUCUGAAUUCAACGAUGAACUCAACCGGGGCACUGUGAUCAAGGAUAUUAGUUUGAAGAUGGAAAAAAUGUCGAACGAGUGCGGCCGAGAUUUUCUAGACGACGCAGCUACAGACAACAUUUUGAAAGGCCGAAUUUGCGACGUAGUAAAUGAAGCAGAAAAAAUCAACAGCUUCUUAAAGUGGGAGAGAAAUCACAUUCGUUUCAGAGACAAGUGGAGAUUUCUACCAGCCGAGUUUGCUAUGUUGAAGUCCAAGCUCAAGUUCAUAAACCACUUGAAAAAGAUGGGGCGUGAAAUUGAUUCGAUCAUGGCGGAGGCGAUAGCUGUAAAGAAUAAAACCGCCACAAUCAAAGAGGAGGUGCAACUAGGUGAUUCUGCUGCAGCCGCUUCAUCAACUAAAAUGAUUUCUUUACAUGAUGAUGAUGAUGAUGAUGCUGAGGAAGAGGAAGAGAAGUCUGAAUGCUAUCGAAGUGCAAAACUCGAACACCAGAUGGAAAGAGUAAUGGAGGAAAUUGCUUUGAUUGCUGCACAAGUGAAGGAAAUCAAGGAUAGCUCCACCGGCAAAGACGUUGAACGCGGUGGUGCUGAUACAUCUGCUGCUCCUACUUCACCAUCAACUGAUCCACCCAUCCACAAAGAUUCCAUGGUUGGUUUUGAAGAUUAUCUGUUAGACGUGAAGGACCGCCUCUGUGGAGAGCCAUCCCGACUCCAAGUCAUCCCAAUCUGUGGGAUGGGUGGCAUCGGCAAAACUACUCUUGCUAGGAACGUUUAUGAUGAUCCAUUAACGGUGGGCCAUUUUGUGAUUCGUGUUUGGGUUACAAUAUCACAAGAUUACACUCCACAAAGGAUUCUUUCUAGCCUUCUGGAGUCCUUGAAAGAAUACAACACAGGUGGAUUGGGACAAAGUGAUGAUGAAAAAGUGCACAAGAUUUUAAUGGGCAGGAGAUAUUUAGUUGUGAUGGAUGAUAUGUGGAGUGGUGAGGCAUGGGAUGUCGUCAGAAGGGUAUUGCCUGAUGAUGGUAACGGAAGUCGUGUUGUGCUUACCACGAGGUUGUUUGAGGUGGCUUCUUAUCCGGAUCCUUCGAACAGGCUUCAUGAGAUGAGCUUGUUGAAUGCAGAUCAGAGCUGGAAUUUGUUCAAGAAUAAGAUGUUUGCAGAUGAAGAAUGUCCUUCCAAUUUAGAAGAUAUUGGGAAGGAGAUUGCAGGAAGCUGCAAAGGAUUACCCCUCGCAAUUGUGGUGAUUGCAGGGCUUCUAUCCAGAGAGAGUAAGAAUCCAUCUUCAUGGCAGGAGAUUGCAGAAAAGGUGAAGUCUGCAGAAACUACAGAGCAUGACCAAAUCAAUGAGAUACUAUCUUUGAGCUACGCCCAGUUGCCUCAAUAUUUGAGGCCAUGUUUCUUAUACAUGGCUUCCUUCCCGGAAGAUGAUGAGAUCCAUGUUGUGAAACUCAUGAGGUUGUGGGUAGCUGAGGGCUUUCUGGCAUUUUCAAUCAACUCCAAGAGCUUUGAAGAGGUGGCGGAAGAGUGUUUAGAUGAACUCGUGAAGAGAAAUCUUGUUUUGGUCACAAAGAGGAAGUCUGAUAACAGAAUCAAAAGCUGCAGCCUCCAUGAUCUGAUGAGGGACUUGUGCAUAAGAAAAGCCCAUGAAAGUCAGUUUUUCUUGAAUCUGAUGGAUAAGAAUGUUGAAAAGGAGCAUUUUACAGAAAGGAUAAAGAAUCAGCGCCGCGUAAGCAUUGAUUCUUCUCAUCUAAGAUACCUUUCAAGCGAUGAUGAUUCAACCAUCCAUUCCAUCAGAUGCUCGAAAUACCAUAUAGUGGAAUUGGACUUUGUCAAGAGUGUGAGGUUGCUGAGGGUGUUGGAUACGGUACCUGCUGACGUGGAGAGCUCGCCAUCGCUGCAUCAACUAAGUGAGUUAUUUCAUUUAAGAUACCUUGCUCUUAACUAUAUGGGAUUAAUUUGCGUAGGGCUGUCCAUGCUUAAAAAUCUGCAAACCUUAAUCAUUGAUAGAGAAAAACGAGACAAAACCUUUGUUGCAGUAGUUUGUAAUCUUGUGUUGGGUUGGGACACGCCACAAUUAAGACAUGUUCACUUUCACGGCACAAUCUAUUUUGAGGAUCCAAAUGAAACAGAUCUCUCUCUAGAAAGCCUGCAAACACUUUCCUAUGUGUCGCAUUCGAGUUGCACUGAAAGGAUCUUGAAGAAGAUCCCAAACCUUAAAAAGUUGAAGAUUGAUUGUUCAAAGGGUAGUCAUCGGGAAGAUGAAGCUUGUUUGAAUGAUCUGGUGCAUCUGCACCGGCUCGAGAAUUUGAAAGUAUAUGCUGGUAGAUGGGUUCAAUCUCGGCCAGAGCAAUACAAGAUUACUUAUCCUAGCAUGCUGAAAAAGUUGAGUUUGAUUGAUUUGAGACUUUCUUGGAGCCACAUGAUUCUAGUUGGUUCAUUGCCAAAUCUUCAAGUUCUUAAACUAAAAAGUUGUACGUGGGUUGAUGGUGACACAUGGGAGACAAUCGAAGGAGCAUUUCCAGUGUUGGAAGUUCUUCUAAUUGAAGAUCGAAGGUUGGAGAAUUGGAUAACUGAAAGUAGCCAUUUCCCAAUACUCAAACGGCUGCUGCUUCGUUCUUGUCGUAAUCUCAAUGGGAUCACCAAUGAUAUUGGAGAAAUUCCAACUCUUGAACUCAUUGAGGUUACAGGUGAAGUGAAAAAGUCUCUAAUGGAGUCGGUUGAAUUGAUACGAGAGGAACAAGAAGAAUUGGGAAACAACAUCCUUCAAGUUGUCUGCAGUGCUAAGUCCUAAAGAUGUGAUUUGGAUAAGAGCAGGUGUUAUGUGUGUUUGGUUGGCGAUAAUCUGGUUUCAGCUUUCAGAGAGUUGACAGAAACACGAUGAUGUACCUUUGUGAUGAUUCAGAUUGAAGGAGAAAAGAGGAUGGAAAUGUGUUGGUAUAUUCUUAAGUAAUAUUUGGAACUUAAUUGUUUUGAUUUGUUAGAAGUUCGUUUUGCAUGUGAGUGGAUGAUGUUUUGAAGAGUGAUAACAUAGUGUGCUUUAUCACGUGUAUAUGUCUGCUUUUCUGAAGAAUGUUGAGUAUUUGAUAGUUAAUUUUCAUAUC